GUUGGGUAUACGUCAGUAUUCAUUUAUUGAAUACCUAUACUGCAUAAUUGUGUUUGAUGACAAAAUACAGUUAUAAAUUAUCCUUAAUGUCUGUGGGUGAAGCUGUACAAUCCAGUGGUGGAAACAAGCACAUGAAUAUAUACACUACGGAACAGUAAAUUCUGUAAUUGGGGGAUCCCUACAGUUCUAGUAAGUGGAUGAAAGAUGUCAAAUUCAUUUUGGGUGUGGAAAAAGGGGAGGAUAGAAUUCAAGUAAAGUUUCCAGAAAAUAGCUAAUAAUUGUGUUCAGUUUUAAACAACAAAAAGGGUUAUUCCAGAAGAAAAAGAAAGAAAUGAUCAUCAGGAACCAGACAAUAUGUACACAGAGGUGUAAGACAACAUGGAUCAUUUGGGAAAUGAUAAAUGCUUGAGGUCUUCCAGAUUGCACAUGGUGAGGAAUAUGAGAGCCCUGAUAUGAGAAAUCAUUUAAAGGAUAUAAACAGAAAAAUGGCAAGACUAGAAUAGUGCAUUAGGUAGAUUAGGGGUUAUACAGAGCCUAUCUGAAUAAGGUUCUGAAUAAGAUUCAAACUGGAGGUAGACUGACUAAUAAGUUAAACAAAUGCUCAGAGUGAAAGUCAACAAAUUUAGCAAGAAUGAAUAUGGGAGAGUGAAGUUGAGGAUGGAAAAUAGUCCACCACAAAACCAAGAUUUCUAGUUUUGGUGCUUAUGUUAAUUGUGGCAUUAUGGAUGAAGUAGAGUGGACCACAGUGGAACAAUGAUGAUGAAUACCCUGUGAAAGUGUUUCUGAAACAUUCAGGUAGAGACAACAAUUACGUAUCUAUGACUGGAACACUGGAAAUACUGAGAUUGAGUUAUACAUUUGAGAAUCAUCAGACUUUAGUUCAAACCAUAAGAGUACAUGGAAUUUUCUGCAGAGAAUGUAUAAAAUGAAAAUAGAAGAGGUCUGAGAAGAGAACCUAAGCUAAAAUUAUACUUUACUAGAAAAGUAAAAUGAUCCUGGGAAGAAUUUUAGCUGUGGUCAGAAAAUACAAAGUGGAUAAAUAUCAAGAGAACAAGAAGGGAGGACUGGCAAAGGAAAAGUUUCAAAAACAAAAAGUCAACAAAAUGCUCAAUGGCGAGAUAAAGUUUAAAACCAUUAAGUUAGACUUUAAAGGGGUAGAGACAUUUUUCAGAGCAGUUUUAAUGGAACAAUAGUAAUAAAAAUAAUUUAUAAUUGAAGAAUAGAUGAUGAUAAGUCAAAAUGAGCAAAUUUAAAGUAAUUCAUUUAAGAAUCUAUAGAAAGAAGUAUAGAUCUACAGCUAGAGAGGAGGUUAAGGUUAUUCCCACCAUCAAUAAUUUCACUACAUGUUGUUUUCCAUAAUUCUGCUCCUUAUCAUGAAUAACUUAUAUUUGAAGAAAAUGGAUGCCAAACUUAUAUUACAAACUUGUUUUUUUUGUUGUUGUUAUUCAAGCUUUGGGGCUAAGCUUGGAAAAUGAAUACACUUCCCAAACCAAUAAUUGCACAUAUUUAAGAGAGCAAUGCCUACAUGAUGCAAAUGGAUGUAAACAUGCUUGGAGAAUAAUGGAAGAUGCCUGCAAUGAUUCAGAUCCAGGUGACCCCUGCAAGAUGAAGAAUUCAUCAUACUGUAACCUGAGUAUCCAGUACUUAGUGGAAAGCAAUUUCCGAUUUAAAGAGUGUCUUUGCACUGAUGACUUCUACUGUACUGUGAACAAACUGCUUGGAAAAGAAUGUAUCAAUAAAUCAGAUAACAUGAAAGAGGAUAAAUUCAAAUGGAAUCUAACUACACAUUCCCAUCAUGGAUUCAAAGGGAUGUGGUCCUGUUUGGAAGUGGCAGAGGCAUGUGUAGGGGAUGUGGUCUGUAAUGCACAGUUGGCCUCUUACCUUAAAGCUUGCUCAGCAAAUGGAAAUCCGUGUGAUGUGAAACACUGCCAAGCAGCCAUACGGUUCUUCUAUCAAAAUAUACCUUUUAACAUUGCCCAGAUGUUGGCUUUUUGUGACUGUUCUCAAUCUGAUAUACCUUGUCAGCAGUCCAAAGAAGCUCUUCACAGCAAGCCAUGUGCACUGAACAUGGUUCCACCCCCUACUUGCCUCAAUGUAAUUCGCAGCUGCCAAAAUGAUGAAUUAUGCAGGAGGCACUAUAGAACAUUUCAGUCAAAAUGCUGGCAGCGUGUGACUAGAAAGUGCCAUGAAGAUGAGAAUUGCAUUAGCGCCUUAAGCAAACAGGACCUCACAUGUUCAGGAAGUGAUGACUGCAAAGCUGCUUACAUAGAUAUCCUUGGGACAGUCCUUCAAGUGCAAUGUAACUGUAGGACCAUUACACAAAGUGAGGAAUCUUUGUGCAAGAUUUUCCAGCACAUGCUUCAUAGAAAAUCAUGUUUCAAUUAUCCAACCCUGUCUAAUGUCAAAAGCAUGGCAUUGUAUACAAGAAAACAUACAAACAAAAUCACUUUAACUGGAUUUCAGUCCCCCUUCAAUGGAGAAGUAAUCUAUGCUGCCAUGUGCAUGACAGUCACCUGUGGAAUCCUUCUCUUGGUUAUGGUCAAGCUUAGAACUUCCAGAAUAUCAAGUAAAGCAAGAGAUCCUUCACUGAGCCAAGUACCUGGAGAACUCUGAUUCAUUAGGAGUCAUGGACCCAUAACACAAU